CCCGCCCUCCCUCUCCCUCUCUCUCAUAAACACACACACCCCGCACGAACAGGCGCGCAUACAAUUUCCUCCGCUGCUGCUGAAUUAACCUAACUAACCGUCCGUCCGUCCGUCCGUCGCUCUGGUAAAAGUACGUAGCGACAUCACUCUACACAAGGAGAGGGUCACUACGAGGGCGCUCAAAACAGGCACCAACUCACUCACCCACACACACACGCACCCACUCACACGGACACGACACACACACACAGACAUACACCCCUCUCUCUCCGAGUAGGCAUCGUGUCGCGCGAGUGACGCCGUCUGCGUGUGUAAGUGCGCGUGUGAGCGGGUGUGUCUGUCCAUGGCAUGGUGUUGUACAUCACAUCCGUCCAUCCCAUCGAUCCUUCCAUGCCAUGCCAUGUGUCGACUGAUAGAUCUCAUUGUUAUAGGUGUGUGUGUCGUGUCGGUGGUCAUGGCAUCCAUCCAUCCAUCCGCCCGUCCAUCCAUCCAUCAUCGCCUCUGGGCAUAAAUGUUGCCAUGGUCCCCCAACUCGAUGUGGACCAUGCGCUCGCCCCGCAGCCGCUUGGAAGACCGACCCCCACCCAUGAAGGGCAACCCCGUACUCGUGUCCUUCUCAACCACUACAUCAACCUUCUGCAGUCAUCAUAUCAUUACGACAGACACAACGAGACGCAGGUGAACAGGUGAGCAUGUCGGCCGGUCCGUGUGUGUGUGUGCUGUGCGUGCCGUGCCGGUGUGUGCGCGUACCUGAGGCACGUACGCGUCAAACGCGUCAUCUGGUGACAACAGACAAAUAAGAGUUGACAGGUGAGUCCGUCGGGUGCGCGUGUGCGGUGUGGUUUGGUUUGGUAUCUGACCAUCAACUGAGACCACCUCGACGGAGGGCCUCUUCUUGGAGUCGACCGCCAUGCCGCUGUCCCUCCUGUGCUGCCGCGCCUGCGCCAGGGGCGGCAGGCGUGAUGGGGUGGUCAUGCCCACCCCGCCCGUAGACAUACGAUGGUUGGUCGUCCCCGGCUGCCCUGUGGCCCUCGGGUGCGAGGCCUGGCCGCUCGGCCGGGGGUGCUGCGAGUGGCGCUUCUUGCCGUGAGCACUGGUGCGGUUGCUCGUGUCGGCCGACAUGAAGUGCCCCGCCCCCAUGCCCAUGCCCAUGAGCACAUCGCCGCCGAGCUCGUCGACGUCCAUCAUGUCUGUGCGGCCCUCGCCCUUCUCGUGCAUGCUCACGGGCUGGUGGCUGCUGGGGUGCCUGCUGGGUGUCUUGUCGGCCUUGUGUGGGGGGGAGGGGGGGAGGGGGGCCGGCAGCGGCUCAGUGACGACGGGCGAGAGGCCCUUGACCGACGGGGGGCAGUACUGGUGGAUGUAGGCCGUGUUGUACGGCUCCUGCUUAUUCCGCACCGGCAGGUACACGCCAUACGUGCUGCUCCGCUGACAGACCAGAAACCACGUCACGUCACAUGUCACAAUGAAAUGACACACACAGUGCAAACGCAUGCAGGGGUCCUCAUCUGUUGGUGGUCAGGGCUGACUCACUCACCUCGUUGGGUGCGUGGUAGUAGAACAUAUCUCUUUUCAGAACGACGGCGUCAUCGAUAGCGAAGUCCUUCCUCUUGCGCUCCAGCAUGCCCAUGAGCUUGUCCACCUUGACCGUCUCCAUCUGCAUGGCCGUGCGGUCUGAGUCGCCCAUGAACACGUCCACACCGGCAAUCUUGCCGGCGAAGGGGCUGCAGUAGGGCACGGCCUCCAUCCGAAUCUGCUUGACGCGAAGCGCCGAACGCGAGAAGAGCCGCGCAUUCGUGUCGGAGCUGUCAACCCAAACUAUCAGCGAACCCCACGACUCUGAAGCACACAACAACACAGAGUAGAGGGAGGGAGGAAGUGAGGUUGCAAGCUGCCAUGCCAGCCUUGCUGGCCUCUCCUCGCACGCUCUCUUCAGCUCGUCUACGGCCUGUGUACGGGCGUCCCGUCCCCUCUCACCGUCUGAUACGUCUUCGCCCCCGUGCUCGGUGGUGAUGCGGAGGAAGUGGGGACAGCGAGACAUGCAGCUGCUGCUGGUGUGGGCGGAAGAGGCAGAGGCCGCCAUGGUGCCCAACGCCGAGAACAACCACCUAAGGAUGCGUGUACUCUUGGUCUGCACGGACAGUUACGAUGGCUUCCAGGGUGUGCUACACAGACAUCAGGGGCACGCCAAGAGAGGAAUUCCUGUCGCUCAAAAAGAAC